GUUUUGAUUAUUAAGGCUCAGUACUCGGUAUAUAUAGCAGAGCCGGUUAUGUUCUGCAGACAAUAAAUGUUAUUGAUAUAGACGUUUACAUUAAAAGACUUGGCCGGACAUUUUCCCACAAUUCAACAGCUCAAAGAUGAAUCACAUCAAACUGAAUAACACGUGAGAUACUGCCAAGAGCUCUAAGAGAAUAUACAUUCAUCCUCCUGACCCCUCCUCAUACGCCUGCAAGUCUGAUUUUCAGCGUCCAUGAGGUAGUGAGUGAAGACCAGCUGCAAUGAUGUCUCUCAUACGCUGCACACACAGAAGCAAAGAUUCUGCUCCUAUAUCUUUAUAACGCAACCUAAAAAGUAGAAACAGCAUGAGGACAUUAUAGAGCAAUAAUAAGCAGUACAAGCUAUGAAUCUGCCGCUGAGGGAAGCCAUCACCAUGAGGUCCGGAGGUGAAGGUCCAUGUGAGGAGAACAGGUCGCACUUGGCAGCUGUCCCGGAGGAGAGCGUCAUUGUCAUCAGCGAUGAUGAAGGCGAAGUGUCCCUGGGGCUGGGGAACUCGGUGCUUUUGGUUGAAGACACAGGCGAGGAUUCCUUUGUCCUAGAGAAGAAAACUGUGGAGGUUGUGGAUGAAGAACUUGCCAUAACCUUCAGCAGGAAGGCUCACGUGAUGCCCCAUGCCAGAUACGACUGUUCAACACAUCCCUUCAGCCGUAUGGAGCAGGAGACUCAGCUCCCCAUAGAGAAGAAUGCCAGCUUCUGUGACAAGUGUUACUGCUACCUGUGUGACAAACCUGCCUCAGAGUGUUCUAAAUGGACAACAUAUGAUUACUGCCACUGUAAUGCCCACAACAAAAGCAAAUACUGGAAGGAGCAGAGAGACACAGCCCUGGCUGGAGUGCUGACCAUAUUUAAGCUGGACCUUACAGAGAUCGACACUGAGCUUAGGGAGGCUGGAGACAAGUUGCAGCACUUUAUAUCGCAGUUAUCUCCGGUGUAUAACCAGUACUUGGAGGGCGCCUUGAGUAAGCAUGACAGUGCGCAGCGUUGUACCUGUUCCUGUCAUAAAGAGAAGGCGGCAAACAACAAAUGUAAAGACAAUUGCUCCUCGAAACAUGUACAAGUCAGAUUUCACAAUUACAGUAAAGUUCAUCAGUUGGUGUCAAGUUUUUUAAACCAAGUAGAUGAGGGGAGUCCUAAGGCUGCAGCCGUGAUGUUGCUUGGUGCAGCCAAAGAGUUGGUGUACCAUAAGGCAUUACCCAACCCAGUUACCUUGAAAGAUUCAACUGCGCUUGUUAAAGAGUCGUCCACCAUGUUAAUGGCCAGAAUUGUUCGCACCCUACAGAGGCUUCUGGUCUUGAACGAUUAUCCAAAGAUCCUCUAUGACAAAUUUAUCUUCUUCUUUCAGUCUCUCCCCCUCCCCCCACACUUCUACGCUUUCACAGCCAGCCUGAAUGUCAUCCGAUGGGACAGCUGUCUAUUGAUGUCUGUGCUGGCCGGUCAGAACAUAACAGGGACCCGUACAAACAAGGGCAAGAAGGAAUGCCUGUUUGAAGUGCUGACAGUGGUCCAGUCCAGGGUGAAGCGGCUUGAGACUGAGCAAAAUUACAGACAAUUGGUGCGCUAUCUGAAUGUCGUGCGGUGUUCCGAGUAUACCGGGCUUAAUUCCCUGAAACAGAAAUUGUGCUUUUAUAUGUGCAAAUAUGGAGACUUCCCAUCAGCUGCCAGUUCCCUCCUACAAACAAAGGGGAUGUCGGGCAGCAUCUCGAAGUUCUUUAACCCCGCCCUCUUCGAACUUCACCUUGUCAUGCUGCGGACGAGGAGUUGCCCCCCAGAAAAUGAGCUUAUAUGGUCCGACACAUGGGUACCUCAAGGAGGUUUGCCGCUGAAGAAAGGAGUUUUGCUGCGCACUGCACUUAGGAUGCUAUUCUGUAAUAACCACCUGUAUUACGAUUCAAAGUCCUGGAGCGCUCUAGUCAGAAUCUGGUGCACAAGUGAAUUGCUGUCAAAAGAAGGAACACUCCUGCCUCUGUCCCUGUAUGACCCCGACCAAUUCGUACUGCAGGUGGUGAUGAGCGCAUCGUGUCCCAUCCUGAACGAGCUACAGAGGCAGAGCAACGUUCAACUACCAGAGCCUUUUCAUAAGUCACACAAUAACGUGGCAGAGCUGAUCCUCAUCGUCCAAGCAAUUGUCCGUUUCAUGAUGUCUGCAACUCCUCCUCUUAAAGGCAUGCUGGAGCUCAUUGCUGCAUUUGGGCUCAACCACUGGGCCCUGUCACUUUUAAUCGACGGGAUCAGUUCUAUGCGGGAGCUUCUAUUCCAGUUUGUAUCCAGCGCUAACAAAGAGCUGUACGAGGAAGAGAAACGUAUCUUAGAUUUAUUUAAUAACAGAGGACCCCUUUACGUAUCGCAGCUUGUGCCUGUUUUUCUUUUGCAUCCUGAUGAAGGCGUGCGCUCUGUCGGUUUUCAUUUACUCGAUGUUGUCUUAAAAAACUUAAAAAGUAUUUCAUGGUCGGGAACUGUUGGCGGCAGCCUGAAGGUAAAAGUUCUCCCCUUCAUCAACACUUGUAUGAUCAACACGGUGGAACGUAAAAAACUGAUAACAGUGAUCGGAAGAUUAAUAUCCAGAACUUGACUUCCCGCCGGAGCCUCUUUGGGGAUAGGACCUGAACUAUGAAUAGUAAACACCAAAGAUGUCCUCUCAUUAAAUACUAUUUUACUUGUUUCUAUCCUCUGUCAUUGCUGACGCCAUCUAGUGGACACACAGAGGUUCCUCGGGGAUGCUGGAUAUCUGUAAUUGUUGGAAAUAUGUUCUGAUCUGGACAGUGGCGGGGAUUAGGAUCCAUAAUUAAUCGGAGCGCCUAUCUCAUAAGUCUCAGUAACAUUCAUUUAUUUAAGUGUGUUGCUGGCACAUAUUCACAGCGAGCAGGUGGUGUCAGUAUUAGGCGCUUGUCCCUUUAGUGUUCCAGUCAAAUAAUGUAGGGGCAGGAAGAACAUGUAUUUAUCUGGCAAUA